UGGGAAGGGUGCCAAGGGGGGCACUUUGGGGGUUGGAGGGGGAAAGUGGAAGGUGGCCCAGGUUUGGUAGCGCACGCCUGUAGCUGGUCUCGACUGGAGCCAAUCAACAACCGGCUGAUGCAGUGGUGCGCCACGCUCCUUGCACCUUGGUCCUUCGUCCUUUGCACCUCACCCUUCGCGGGCUUCCCAGUCGAUGGCCCACUGGGCUGGACAGUGGACAGGGACCUCAUGGAACUGCAUCCCAUGCCUCCACCAGCAACGGCAGCACCCUCGCAGUCACACUCUGUCACACACACACACACCCGUGGACACAAACGUGCAUCUAGACGCAUGCUCGAAGCAGGUCGACGCACUGAGACGGACCACACUAGCCCACUAGGGUCGCUGCAAGCCUGCAAGAGCACGUACUCUCCAUGGAUCGAUGCAGGAGCCGGAGCAUCAACACCAGCCCGGAGGCAACAUCUCACCUCACGGACAUCCCACGCCGAGGAAACGCUCAAAAACACCCUCGGGAAAUAA